AGCUGCUGCUGGUCUACUAGGAGACGGCGCCACCACGCCAGCUUCCCACCAAAGUCGUGAAGCCGUGCAUCGAGCGGGAGCAACCGGCGGCUGUAGCACCAGCAGCGGGCGAGCCACCAUGUCUCGUCCCACGCCACCCGACUGCGAGAGACUCUUGCACGCGUACGUGGACUCUGGUGAGCUUCACCGCAUCGAGCUCAGCUACAACGAGCACUUGCACCACGGGCACAUGCUGCCAUCCGUGCAGUACGACUACGGUCGCUGCCUCGUCUUCAGCCGCUUCCCGGCAGACAUCAUCAAGGGCAUCGUGCUCAUGGAGCAGCUCAUUCAGCUCGAGUACCGGCCCGUCGACUGCUGCUACAUGACGGCGUUGGCUCACACGAAGCUUGGCAACUACAGCACGGCGAUGCAGUUCACCAAGACGAUGUUGGUGAAGGACCCGCGCAACUGCCAGGGUGUUGAGCUGCAGGAACUGAUCCACCGCAAAGUGGUGCGCGAGUACCUGUUCCAAGUGGCCGUCGUCGGCGGUGUGGUGAUCAUGAUCGGCGUGCUCAUCUCCAUGGUCAUGGCACGGCGCUGACACGGCGCUCCGACACCUAUCUACUUGUAGUCUCGAGGGACACUGCAGACAGCUCCUUUGCAGACGGGAACCGUAAUGUUCAGCGCAACGUAGAGGAACUUCGUGGCUGAAGCGCAGCGUGUCUGUUUCGAGGCGGUGGCUGGUUUUACGAACGUUGAGCGAGCUUGUUCGCUAGGGUGUGCUUCCUAUACAUGUACAUGUCUAUACCGUGUGAUCACUCCAUGCCACCCACGACAAGUCAAUCGUUUACGAACAUGACGCCAACGUUGCCAAUACGUUUCCAUGAAUUCUCCCUGUGCGUUCCGCGUUGCCCUGUCCCGUUCUGUGCCCUGCCUGACCUUGCAUGAUGGCAAGAAAAAAAAUCUGCAUGUCAAGCCCGGAUGUACGGCAAGUGAAACAAGAACAAAGCAAUGUGUAUCGAGCCAUGUCUUCAGGCUGCUGUUGGAAAAUUUUCGUGUCAUCUUCCUCUCCGCAACUACAGUGUUGCCUCUCUAAAUUAGAGUUACUGUGAAAUUAGGACAAUUAUGAAAAGAAUUGUGGAAAGAAUAAGUCAAGGCGGGA